UCUGGCUGCCUCGCCUUACGUUGGGAUUGUGAUCCAUCUAUGUGUCUAGCUGUCUAUCUCUCGCUGUGUCUGUAGCGCUCCGUUCCCGUUCAGGGUCAUUCGGUUCAUCCGGUGCUGAGCGCGAGCGACGAUGGCGACAUCACGGGCGGCUUCCCUGCUUCCGUUUUACUCGUGACCAGCCGAGGAUUCCUAGAAAUAAAGGACGCGUUGGACUGUGGAAUAAAAACAGAGCGUUUAUAACGGAGCCCGGUACUGAAGAAGAAAAAGAAGAAGGGAGGAACCCGUGUCGGUGCGCGUGUUCUCCGUGUCUCCUAACGCCCUCCCCGUGUCUGUGUGAGAGGCUGAGUCACACACCGCCGGAGCCCCCGAAGGGUCCCGCGAGCAGGGAGAGCGAGACGCGGGGAGGGACGCAGUGAACGAGUGAGUGGACGCUGAAGCGUAGAAAACAGGAGGAGAAGAAAAAAGAGAGAGAGAGAGAAAGGAAGCACAGUGGCAGGGGUGGGACGAGCGAGCCUGAGAGAAGAGGACGAGCACUGGGCUCCCCCCUGACCCCUGAACAAACCCCCCCACCCCCACCCCGAGCUCGGAGUCAUCAUGAACGACCAGAACGUGGUGAAGGAGGGAUGGCUGCAGAAGAGAGGAGAAUAUAUAAAGAACUGGAGGCCGCGAUACUUCCUCUUGAAGACGGACGGUUCCUUCAUCGGCUACAAGGAGAAACCCCAGGACGCCGACUUGGCCUACCCUCUCAAUAACUUCUCUGUAGCCAAGUGUCAGCUGAUGAAGACGGAGAGGCCGAAGCCCAACACCUUCAUCAUCAGAUGUUUGCAGUGGACCACUGUGAUCGAGCGAACCUUUCACGUGGACACACCCGAGGAGAGGGACGAAUGGGUGGAAGCGAUCCAGAUGGUGGCAGACAAGCUGGCCAAGCAGGAGGAGGAAGGAAUCCUGUGCAGUCCCACAACCCAGAUCGAGAUCGUCAACGAGGAGGAGAUGGACACCUCCAUCAGCCACCACAAACGAAAGACAAUGAAUGACUUCGACUAUCUGAAGCUGCUGGGCAAAGGCACGUUUGGGAAGGUGAUUCUGGUGAAAGAGAAGGCCAGUGGAACUUAUUAUGCAAUGAAGAUCCUGAAGAAGGAGGUCAUUAUCGCCAAGGAUGAAGUGGCCCACACUCUGACUGAAAGCAGGGUAUUAAAAAACACUAGGCAUCCCUUUUUAACCUCUCUGAAGUACUCAUUUCAGACCAAGGAUCGUCUGUGCUUCGUGAUGGAGUACGUCAACGGCGGAGAGCUGUUUUUUCAUUUGUCGAGAGAACGUGUGUUUUCGGAAGACCGGACCCGUUUCUAUGGCUCCGAGAUCGUCUCUGCACUGGAUUAUUUGCACUCUGCUAAAAUUGUUUACCGCGAUCUUAAGCUGGAGAACCUGAUGCUGGACAAGGACGGCCACAUUAAGAUCACAGAUUUCGGCUUGUGUAAGGAGGGAAUCACUGACGCCGCCACUAUGAAGACGUUCUGUGGAACUCCGGAGUAUCUGGCACCCGAGGUGCUGGAGGAUAACGAUUACGGCCGAGCGGUGGACUGGUGGGGACUCGGUGUGGUCAUGUAUGAGAUGAUGUGUGGACGCCUUCCAUUUUAUAAUCAGGACCAUGAGAAGCUGUUUGAACUGAUUCUUAUGGAAGAAAUCAAAUUUCCCAGAACGCUCUCUGCUGAUGCCAAGUCUCUGCUCUCUGGCCUGCUCAUCAAAGACCCCAACAAAAGACUGGGAGGAGGUCCAGAUGAUGCUAAAGAGAUCAUGAGACACAGUUUCUUCUCUACGCUGGACUGGCAGGACGUUUAUGACAAAAAGCUCAUCCCCCCAUUUAUGCCCCAGGUCUCGUCUGAGACAGACACCAGAUAUUUUGACGAGGAGUUCACGGCUCAGACCAUCACCAUCACCCCUCCGGAGAAGUUUGACGAGGACGGCAUGGACUCAGCUGACAGUGAGAGAAGACCACAUUUCCCACAGUUCUCCUACUCAGCCAGUGGGCGGGAGUGAAGCUCGCUCGUUCUCCAGCGCCAGUGUUUUCAUCCGAGGCCAUUUAAGGAAAUUACGUAGCCAUGCUAGGAAAAGUCUGCACUCUUUCCCUUCCUCCUCUUCCUCCUUCUCCUGGUUUCUCUUUAAUUAUUUAAUGACUUGGGGAAGUUUUCAUUUUGGUUUUGUUUAUUUUUAUUUUUGAUGGUGGGGGAAAAAGGGUUUUUUUUUUUUUUUUUGCACAGAUGGGUUCAACUGAACCUGGUCAAAAAAGAACAAAAAAAAAGAGAAGAAAGUCUUGUAGAUUUGCAGCAUUGUGGUUGUUUACAGCAGGAAUAUUUUUGUUUGGUUUUUGUUUGUGUUAUUUUUUUAUUUUUAUUUUUUCAGUGCAUUAAAUUAUGUUCAUCAGUA